AAUGAAAACUUAUUUUGCUUUGUUCCUAUAUACCUUUUGGAUUCAGCUUGCUUUUUGUAUUGAAAAAAGAGACUAUACCAAACGAUCGUAUUAUACAAUACAUACAGUCUAUCCAAAUGAUAUUCAUUCUGCACAAGAAAUAGCACAACAUUUAGGUGCAAGAUUAGAAGGACCUGUAGGAGAAUUAAGUCAUUAUUAUUGGAUAAGCAUACCUUUGUCAGACCAAAACAGCAUACACCAUCAAUUUAGACACUAUAAGCAUCAAAAAAGAGACCAAGUGCUUGUCGAUCAACUACAUCAUCAAAUACCACGACAACGACUCUUUAAACGCGCACCACCCCCUAUCGUAGAAAACACAACAGAAGAAUACAAAAUCAAUGGGGAAACUAUACCUUUACCUUCUUUAGACCAGCAAGAUGGCUUCAAUAAACUCAAAAAUGUACUGGACAUUCAUGAUCCUGGUUUUGAUAACCAAUGGCAUUUGAUCAAUACACAAGAACGAGGACAUGAUCUGAAUGUGACAGGUGUCUGGAGUCAAGGCAUUACUGGCAAAGGUGUAGUGGUAGCCAUUUUAGAUGAUGGACUUGAUAUGGAUCACCCAGAUUUAAAAGCCAAUUAUUUUGCUGCAGGCUCUUUUGAUUUCAAUGAUCAUGUUCAUGAACCCAAGCCACGUCUUUCGGAUGACACACAUGGUACACGAUGUGCUGGCGAAAUAGCUGCUGUCAAGAAUACCAUGUGUGGCGUAGGUGUAGCCUAUGAUGCCAAAGUUGCUGGUGUACGAAUCUUAUCGGGACAAAUCACAGAGGCUGAUGAAGCUGCUGCCUUGAAUUACGAAUACCAACAAAACCACAUCUAUUCAUGUUCCUGGGGUCCCCCUGAUGCUGGUGAAGUAGCAGAAGCACCACAGGGCAUCGUUUUAGAUGCUAUCAAGAAUGGCAUUCAACAUGGAAGAAAUGGCUCAGGUUCGAUAUUUGUAUUUGCGUCGGGCAAUGGUGGAGCCAAUGACGAUAAUUGUAACUUUGAUGGUUACACCAACAGUCUUUAUACCAUCACGGUGGGUGCCAUUGAUCGAUUAGGACAACAUCCUGCUUAUUCAGAACGCUGUGCUGCUCAACUGGUCGUGACUUACUCUAGUGGGAAUGGGGGGUAUAUCUAUACCACGGAUAUAGGCAAUAGUCAAUGCACAGAUCGACAUGGUGGUACAUCGGCUGCUGCCCCUUUAGCUGCAGGUGUGUUUGCACUUGUUCUCUCUGUUCGUCCUGACCUCAGUUGGCGUGAUAUACAACACCUCUGUGUUCAAUCAGCUAUACCCAUCUCACUUGAGGAUCCUGACUGGACCACACUACCUUCUGGACGUCUAUUUAACCAUAAAUUUGGGUAUGGCGUAUUAGACGCAUACCAAAUCGUUGAGCUUGCCAAAAACUUCGAGUCUGUAGGUCCUCAAACAAGUCUGGUGGUUGCAUCUACAAAACAAGACCAAGAGCAAGAACUCAAGUUGGAUAUUCCUGAUAUCACACCACUGGAAGGCGCUGCCAUGGAUUAUGCUAUGGCAUUCACAAGCACAUUAAAUGUGACACCAGAGAUGGUAGAGAGCGCAGGUCUGUCACGUCUUGAGCAUGUCACUGUGACAGUCAAUAUUGAGCAUCAACGACGUGGCGACUUGGAGAUUUUGUUGACGAGUCCUCAUGGUAUAGUAAGUCAAUUAGGUACACCUCGUCGGUAUGAUAAAAGUGAUGCUGGUCUCAUGGACUGGACAUUUAUGACAGUAAAGCAUUGGGAAGAAGAUCCUGUAGGUAGUUGGACGUUAAGCGUGGUGGAUGGAAAGAAUCCCGAAUUCACGGGCCAGUUUAUUGAUUGGAGACUGACAUUAUGGGGUGAAGGAUUGGCAAUCAAGCAAGAAAGACCUCAUAUUGGUGUAGAUGAUUUUGAACAUGGCAACAAUCAAUCUUUUAUUGACCAAAAUGAAGACCAACUGACCGAGACCAACAAGGAAAGUCAUGUCAUUAUGUAUAGUCUUGUUUCUGUCUUUAUGAUUGCCAGUAUUGUGAGCACUGCCUUUAUCGUCAAGAAAUACAUAUCAUCAACCACUCAGUACACAAAACCAGCUGGAGAUGAAAAUAGUUUUGAAUUUGAUACUUUGCUUGAUCACCAUGAAUUGGACGAAGAAUAAAUUCAUUGCCGAUUAUUCGGUUGAUGUUACACGAACGAUCCCAUCUUUUUUUUUGUUUUUAAUAUUUUUUCUUGCUUUAUGCUUUAUGCUUGUUUGUCCAUGAAUAAACGAGCAUUGAAUCUUGAGAUAAAGAAGCGAAAAGAAAAGAAAAAAAGAAAAAAA